AUGGCUUCGCGUGGGCGCGGUGGCCGCGGAGGGCAAGGCUCUGGUGGUGGGCGGGGCGGCGAGGGCAGGGGGCGCGGGAUCGGUGGCCGCAUCGGUGGCGGCGGAGGUUACCCUCCACCCUACGGUCGCGGCGACGAAACCGGAGGCCGAGGCGGUGGCCUGGGCCGAGGGCGCGGGAUCGGGAUCGGCGGUUGCGGCGACGAGGGAGGCCGCGGACCCGGAGGCCGAGGUGGCGUCAGCUACCAGCAGCCGCCGCCACCGAUCGGGAACGUAGAGGGCAGCGUCGGCGUGGCGAUACCAGCCCGCCCCGCCGCGCCUCGCCCUCUAGCGCCGGUCGCUGCCCCGGCAUUUCCAGCAGCGGCCUCGUCUUCUGCGCCGGCGCAAGCGCUGCGAGCACCCGCCGGGGCGGCUGGACCUGGAGCUGCCUUGGCGGCAGGCAUGGGGAGGUUGGCCGUGGCGGACGACCCGGCUCCUCCCGCGCCUGCUGCAGGUAUCUAA